AUGUUUAAGAAAGAUAUCUCCCCUGGAUCGAAGUCCAAGGUGAAAUCUUCCGUACAGCGCGCCAUCAGAACCCAGAUUACUACGACAUAUCCCUUAUUAACGCCUUUCAUCGAUGAGAUUAUACCUAAGAAAGAGCAGUUGGAUGCUAUGAAAAUUCCAGACAGAGUCACUCUUUACCUCAUUGGCUCAACGCCACUUUUCUUCCAGCAUAUGACUGAUGCUCUUCUCCCACAUCUCAAACUCGUCCACAGGUUUCCCACCUGCUUCCCAAGUAUUCGAAUCGAUCGAGGUGCAAUCCGAUUUGUUCUUUCAGGCGCGACACUAAUGGCUCCUGGCCUUACUUCAACUGGAGGUAGAUUACCGAAUGGAAACAAAGACGAGGAAGGUGUGUAUGGCGAGACCGAUAAAGAAGAGGUAGGGGAGGGAGUACGAGAAGGUGGCGGUUGGUACGGCGGUAGAGAGUUAGAAGCGGGAGAGCCUGUUGUGAUUUGCGCUGAAGGGAAGGAAGAAGCUUGUGCGGUCGGGUUGUUGAGUAUGGGGACUAAGGAGGUGAAGGAGAAGGGCAAAGGACCAGUUGUAGAGGAGGGACACUAUCUUGGUGAUGGGCUGUGGAAGUUAAGCACUGAGUAG